GAGUUAGAGAGGGGGUUGGGGGGAGAGAGCGCGGGCGCCGCCACCGAGGCUCAGUUGUCCAGCUCUCCCCGAUGUGUACACACGCUACUCAACAUCUUAUUAUAUAUUCCUAUAAAAAUGAAGCUGGUACAUAAGGAAAUCGACAAGGAUGGCCGAGGCAAGAUGGUGCUGUUGCCGGAUGAGGGGGAGGAUAUGUGGCACACUUACAACAUCAUGAUGGAGGGUGAUUGCCUCAGGGCUACCACUAUCAGGAAAGUCCAGCAAGAAUCUGCCACAGGAUCGUCGUCUUCAUCCCGAGUUCGUACGACCAUCACCAUUCGAGUUGAGGCCAUCACUUUUGACACCGGGGCAUGUAUGCUUAGAGUAAAGGGUCGCAAUGUUGAAGAAAAUCAAUACAUUAAGAUGGGUGCAUACCACACAGUGGACUUGGAACCCAAUAGAAAGUUCACUCUCUUUAAGGAACAGUGGGAUUCUGUUACUUUAGAACGUGUGAAUAAUGCUUGCGACCCAGCUAAGCAUGCAGACCUGGCAGCUGUGGUGAUGCAAGAGGGCCUGGCAUUUGUCUGCCUUAUUACAUCUGCCAUGACUGUUGACCGAGCUAAGAUAGAUGUGAACAUACCAAAAAAAGGAAAGGCUGAUGACACUCAAAGAAAGAAGGCAGUUGCUAAGUUCUUCGAUCAGGUGAUGGCUGCUAUCAUACGUCAUCUAAACUUUGACGUUGUUAAAGCAGUAUUGAUUGCAUCUCCAGGCUUUGUAAAAGAUCAGUUCUUCGAAUACAUGAUGAGAAAUGCUGUGCAGACAGAUAACAAACUCUUGUUGGAAAACAAGGGUAAAUUUGUCCUUGUGCAUUCAUCUAGUGGCUUCAGGCACUCUCUCAGGGAGGUGCUUGAAGACCCAGCAGUAACUGCAAGGCUGGCAGACACUAAGGCUGCUGGAGAAACUAAGGCUCUUCAGCAGUUCAUGACCAUGUUAGGAACUGACCCUGACCGUGCUUAUUAUGGCAUCAAGCAUGUUGAGAGAGCCAACGAUAGCCAGGCCAUUGAAACUCUACUGGUGUCUGACAGUCUGUUUAGAUCGAAGGAUUUGGAAGAGCGGCAAAGGUACGUGAGGCUGGUGGAUGGUGUAAAAGAGAAUAGCGGGGAUGUGAAGAUAUUCUCCAGCCUUCAUGUUUCUGGUGAACAACUGGACCAGAUGACUGGUGUGGCAGCCAUUCUCCGCUUCCCCAUGCCAGAGAUAGAGGAGGAAGACCAUGCGUUAGAUUCGGACGAAGAAUAAUAUGAAUAUUAAAUAGCAAUCCUCUUUGUAGAUUUUUUUUUUAAAGUAUGCAGUUCAUUGUUUUUAACAACAUUGAUACAAUAUUUUUGUUUAUAAUCCAGAUUUAUGGGUAGACCACAAUCUCUUGUGUUUUACUGCAAUGUAAAAGUUUUAUUUUGAAAUCGUAUAAAGUGUGUGAACUGUGGGAGUAAUUGCCACAAUUAUUAAAAGAUGAUCCUAAAUAUAGCAGUAGACAUAUGUACACCAGAUAUUAUGGAUUGCAUUAUAAAUGCAUGUAUAACUUCUAUGUAUAUAACUAAAAUAAAGUGGAGUGAUGACUGUUGUAAAUAACUAAUUGAUUGUCCCUUGAACAAGCUUGUCAGCCAGUGGUCAUAAAUUAUCAUAUAAUUUUGAUUUGUUCCAACAAGACUCCUGGUGACCAUUUAUGUGUCGGCUACAACAUUAAGGACAGGAAUACGAAGCCGAGCCCCUUUGAUAAGUUUGUGAAACACUACCCAACUAGCUAGUUCAUUAUUAGAGUUGAGUAACAUUAGUUUGAUUUAUAUAUUUGAUAGUGUUAAUUUGUCAAUAUUUGGGUGAUCAAAUUUAUUUAAUGAAACAAAUUUACAAUAUUCCAUGGUAGCAAGGACAAAAAAUGUUUUGUUUUGGGCCAUUACUUAUGUUUUCACAGUAUUGGUAUGAACCAAUUAAAUAACACGCACGUUUCUCCACACGCAUUUAUCACUCGUCUAACACCAUUGGAUAUCUUUUUCUUUUAAUUGAAACUAUUGUAUGUGUAAAAAUCUUUAAUGAACUUACAAGUAUUUUACAUUUUUGCCUACAAAAUAAUUUUGUAUGCAUUUUGUCAGAGUUCAUAUAAUUAUAUAGGAACCAGUUCAUAUAAUUCUAACAAGAUUAAUAUUAAAACUGUAUGGUGCUGAAUAUUUAUCCAGAACAAAAUGGCAGAAUGGGGGAAACAUUUGACUGUUUUGUAGCUAAAGAUGACAUGUAAGUGAAGUAGAUACCAGAGAUGUAAUCAUCAUGUUCACUACUUUGUCAAGAUGUUUUAUGUAUCACAAUAAUUUACAUUAAAAGAUAAUUAUCCAAAGUUUUUUUUACAUUUUAAUACUGUAGUUAAGCACAAACAUUAUUUUUCCCCUGAUACUGUAUGAAAGAGGUUGUGAAAUAGUUAAAUUUAAGUAGUAAAAAUAUAUACAUUUUUUCUGAACUCUAGAAUUUGUCUUUCAAAUCCAUACAUCUUUUCUGUUUCUGUUAAGUUUUUUGAGAGUAAAAAGUGAAUAUGUAUAUACUGUAUUGUUAUUAUCAAGAUAGUAUAAUAAUACAGUAUAAAAACACAAUUUUGUUUUAAAUGUGAUAUUUAAAUAUAAUGUUCAUAUGUUAAAAGUAACAUGGCUUAAUUAAUGAGGAAAGGCUUUAUAGUUUCUGAGCUCAGCUUCAGUAAAGACUCAAACUGAAUUUGAAAACUGUUAUUUACAAGCCUAAGGAAAUACAAUACUUUGUAGCUACAUAAUUAAGUGAAACUAUGAUUACAAGUCUAGAUUUUUUAUUUUUAAGCUAUUUUUCAGAGCACAAAGACAAUACUGUACCAUAAUUAUUGACUAAAGUUUGUGUUAAAUGUUUAUUUGCAUUACUUUAAUGUUACGAGCUGUAGUAAAGUGUAUUGGAAAAACCCAAUGUUCAAGUGUAUCAUUUUAACAGAUACUUGGGUAUAAGUUAUGACUUUGUUAUUUAGCAUUCACGAUACAAAUACAGUACUACUAUAUAAUUGGAACUGUAUAUACAGCAUUUGCAUGUACUAGUAAGGGCAAAGUGCAACCUUUCUAAAAGGCGGAAAUCCAUUAACUCCAUCUGGGAUUGUAACAGCCAGCAUCUCUUAAACUAGUUCAUGAAGUUGACAGAAAAGCACAAAUGUUAGAUAUGUAAGAGUUUCACACUAGUCCUUGUGUAGCAUUUGCUGCAAAUAACAAAAUAGCUGUUCUAAUGAACUAACGAAAAAUGAACUAUUUUCUAAUGAAAAUAGCUGUAAAGGGGAAGCUAUUGAGUAAAAUAUUAUGGUGGACAGCAGCACUGUGACUACAGCAGCACCAGCACGUCUCCCCAUCAUGGUUUCUUCCAUAUUUCUUAUGGAAUAUAAGUGUGUAAACUUGUCAGUUUUAUCCUAUAUAGUCGUAAAUUAUUAGUAAAUUAGUAAGAUGUAUAAGCUUAAUAAACAUUUUGCAUUAUACAGCUCUGGAAGCUUUGACAAGUCUUCUCAGAUACUAUAAAUUAGGUUGCCAUAAAAUUUUUUAAAUUAUUUCCAGGAAAAUUUAGGGGAUAUAAUUUAGCUAUUCUAUAUCAGAACAGUCAUCACUUGAUUACUUUUAACACUACUAAUAAUGUGAUAAAAGGCAAUUUUGUCUAAUUAUGCUUGUUAAAUAUUAGACUUGUUCUUCAGUAAAAAAAAAAUAAUAAUCAGAAAAUUGUAAGAUUGUGAGUCGUGUUCCCAUAAAUUGCCAGAAAGUUAAUGCAGGUCAAAAUGUCAAAAUGAGAGGGAAGAGUUUGGUGGUGAUAAAGAAGGACCAGGACAAUGUGGCUACGUGAGCGUUCUGGAGGUGUUUGACCUCGUCAGGUUAAGUGCCCUCAGUAUACUUUGUCUAAUAUAAAAACAUUAGUCAAAAUAAAUUGGUAUAACAUUAAGCCACUUGGUCUUUGGCCAAACCUCUAUUAUAUAAUAAAUAUAUAACAAACAUA